AUGAAUACUAAUUUAAUUUUGCCAUUGAAAUAUCCUGCUGCUAUUUCUACUACUUCUAUAGUAGAAGAGAAAUUCUGUGCUUACUAUGAGAGUUGGCUCAAGCAACUCGAAAUUCAUCUUCAGCAGCUUGUUUUAGGCCGCCACCCGAAUUACGACGUCGUGGUGGCGACCUUGAUAACUCACCACAAAGAGUUCUAUGCGGCCAAGUGGGCCGCAGCUAGGGAUGAUGUGUUGUCUUUCUUUUCGCCUCAGUGGGCUAGCCCACUCGAGGCGGCUUUCACCUGGGUUACCGGGUGGAAACCCUCGACCGCGUUUCGCCUUGUCGAGUCACUCCGUAAGACCCGGGCACCGCUCACUAGCCUCAGCCUGCUCACUGAUGAGCAGGCUAGCAGUGUUGCGGCGCUCGGGACGAGGAUUAAGCAUGAGGAGCAGAAGGUGGAGAUGGAUUUGGAGAGGCUGCAGAUGGCUAUUUGUGAUUUGAAGAUGGUGGGGUUGGCGAAGAUGUCGAGCCGGAAGGAUUUUAACGAGUCGAGCCGAGUUGAGGAUAUGGUGAGUGUGGCUAUGAAAGGGUUGAUGGAUGGGAUGGAGAAGGUUCUGAAGAUGGCUGAUUAUGUUAGGCUUAAAACUUUGAAGGGGAUUUUGGAUGUUCUUACUCCAAGGCAAAGGGUUGAUUUUUUGGCUGUUUUUGCUAUGCUUCAAAUUCAAAUUAGGAAAUGGGGCAAACAAAAGGCUGCUAAUGAUACUGCUAAUAAUAAAACUACUAAUGAUACUACUAGUAAUGAUACUCCUACUGCUACUCCUACUACUGCUAAUAAUAAUGGUGAUACUACUAAUACUAUUGAUAAUAUUGAAAAUGUUAACCUCAUUGCUCUCGUUUAA